CUUCAGAUUUCUCCUCUCGUCUCUCGUCGACAUCUGAAGGCUUGUGCUGAAGGUUUUGCUGAAAAUGGUUCUCAUUUCGACUGUUCUGCUCUUACUCGCUGGACUUUGCUUAUGUCAAGCAAAUGUAAUUCAACUUACGAAUGACAAUUUUGACUCGGUUAUAAAUGGCGAUAAAUUUGCUUUUGUGGAAUUCUAUGCGCCUUGGUGUGGUCACUGCAAGGCUCUUGCACCAACAUAUGAAAAAUUAGGAUCAGUAUUUGCUAAAGCUGAUGUAAUCAUUGCCAAGGUUGAUGCUGAUGCAGAAAAAACUCUUGGCUCCAGAUUUGGAGUCAGUGGUUUCCCAACUCUCAAGUACUUUCCAAAAGGAAGCACGUCUGCUGAAGAGUACUCAGGUGGAAGGGACAUUAAAGAUCUAAUGUCAUUUAUUGAGAGCAAAUCUGGUGCCCGAGGUAACAAGGCAGUCUUAGUGACCAAGACAGAUGUUGUAGAUUUGGAUUCUUCAAAUUUUGAUUCAGUAGUCUUGGACAAGACAAAGGACGUGUUGGUCGAGUUCUACGCCCCAUGGUGUGGCCACUGUAAAAAUCUUGCCCCUGUUUAUGAGAAAGUGGGGAUGGCAUUCAAGAAUGAACCAAAUUGUGUUGUGGCCAGAGUAGAUGCUGAUGGGGAAAGAGAUCUAGGAGAAAAAUAUGGUGUCAGUGGCUUCCCUACCAUUAAAUUUUUCCCCAAAGACAACAAAGAUGGAGAAGAGUACAGUGGAGGUCGCAGUGAGCAAGACUUUAUUGACUUUUUAAAUGAAAAGUGCAAAACUAACAGAGUUUCUGGAGGAGGAAUUAGUGCAGAGGCUGGUAGGAUCGACAAGUUUGAUGAGUUUGCCAAAGAUUUCAUGGCUAAUACGGACAAGCGUGAUGCAAUCUUAGAAGAAGCCAAGUCCCUCAUUGAUGCCCAAGAAGAUCCAAAGGUUGCAACUUAUUACACCAAGGUCAUGGAGAGGGUACAGACUAGAGGAGAUGCAUUUGUCACUACUGAAAUUGAUCGCUUGGAACGCCUCCUUGGUGGUGCCAUCAGUGACACUAAGAGGGAUGAAUUCAGUGUGCGUCACAACAUCUUGAAACAAUUCAAGACUGAUGCAGCCAAAGAAGAGUUGUAGAACCCUUAACAAUUUAAGUGGUGUGACAGCCAUGUGUGACGAUUUGAGCACCUCAUUCUUUAGUUUGUUUUGC